ACCUUUGCUACCUGCUACAUACAAUGAAGAUCCUCAUUCCAGCACUUUUUGUCUGCUUUGUAACAACUGCAGCAAGACACUCUCUGAAGUCUUUUGUCACAGCUUCCACCGGAGUUCCAAACUUUCCAGAGUUUGUKYUUCGUUUAGAGAUUGAUAACAGAGAGCUGAUUUACUGCAAUACCAGUAAAGGAAUUGUUGAAGGAAAACAAGACUGGAUUGAGAAGCUGCUMAAAGAAGAUUCACUUUAUCGGGCGGACUUGAGACGUGCACACAUCUUACAAGCGGUCACUGGCUGUGAGGUUGAUGAAAAUAUGGAAUAUUCUUCUAGCUUUUUCCACCUUGGUAUAGAUGGGGAAGACUUUAUGACUUUGGACAUUAAUAAAUUGGCAUGGAUUCCUCAAAAAAGUCAAGCUGUACCAGUCAAACAUGUAUGGGAUCAAGACAAAGAAGGAAUCAAACAAGUUGUGAACAUUUUCACCACAGAAUGUCCAGUAUGGCUGAGAGGCAGUGUAAAAGCAUCCAACAUCUCUUAUCAAAAAUCAGUUCUCCCCACAGUGUCUCUGCUACAGAAGAGUCCUUCCUCCCAAGUCAGCUGUCAUGCUACAGGUUUCCACCCAGACAGGGCUGUGCUGUUCUGGAGGAGGGAGGAAGAGGAGAUUCAUGAAGGAGUGGAACAUGGGGAAAUCCUCCAAAACAAUGAUGGAACAUUCCAGAUGACGGUUGGGCUGAGUGUCUCAGUAAUUCCACCCAAAGACUGGAGGAAAUAUGACUGUGUCUUUCAGCUCUAUGGAGUCAGUGAAGACAUUGUAACUCCACUGAAUAAAGAAGCAAUCAGGACCAAUUGGGAACACUCCAGUAAUGUUGUUGUCCCCAUCACCGCUUCACUGCUGUUUGUGGUCAUCAUAGCUAUCACUGCGUACAUAGUUUACAAAAGGAAGAAAGGUAAGAAACAAAAGGAAACAUUUUAA